CGAUCACGCUGGUUACGCAGUACGACGUCGAGCUCAUCGGUAGCAGAGUCAUCCGAUUGAGAAUGCGUGCGACUGCGAGCGUAAAGCGCAAAGCAUGAGUGUAGAGAUCAGGACGAAGAGAAUUCUAUGCGCGACCUACUUAGCCUGCUCGGGCACUGCAGCGUCUGUCACAGACGUGACGGGGCUCGCUAUUGUGACGUUCUGACACGUGCCUGCAUAACAGACGCGAUCGACUCGGAGGAUUCGUAGGCAGACUCCGAGGACGCGGGGAUCUCCUUUACCACUAUGAGCUCGGGUGGACGCAAAAUCCCUCUCCGUGUCUCCAAUAACAAAGCAUAUGUCUGGGACAUUGACGACAUCGCUGCCUUGCGUGCAGAACACCACAUUUGCGGCGUCCUGACUGGGACAUUGCCUCACCUCUCCCAGCAAAAUGUCUUCCUCGGCCCUCCCCUCCUACUCAUUCCGGAGGAGGUCGUCCUCCUCGUCGACAAACACCUCGCUGUUCUCGUGGACGACCCCACAGCACAUCGGACGCCCUCCGCCGACGCCUUGAAGGCAUGGGACGCAGAACGAGCCGCUACCGCGAAUCAACAGCUCGUCCUUGCGGAAGCCAAGGAAACCUCAGAGAAGGCGGCGAAGCUGUCCAUGUCGGAGGAGGCUCUGCGCAAGCGGCAAGAGCGUGAGGAGAAGAGGGCGGCGGCUGCACGUGCGAAAGCUCUUGCGGAAGGCGAGGAUGUCGCUGCUCCCGAGGCCUCAGGCUCCGGGUCCAUCGCCAUACCUACGGCACCCGUCGCACAACGGCCUUCAACACCCACACCAAGUGCGCAGACUGCCUCGGCGUUCACGGUCACACUCCCCGGAAGCUCCUCCGACCUGUCAUGGUACGACUCGCAAGGGUGCACGUACGAGACGGUCGCAGACGCACAGGCUGCGGGGAUAUGGACUUACCCUGCCGACCUGCACGAGCGAGCAAAAUGUCGUGUGUUCAGGGACCUCUGGGAGAAAGGCAACUUCAUGGGCGGGGGCGUCAGGUUUGGUGGCGACUUUCUGGUGUACCCCGGCGACCCUAUGCGCUACCACUCACACUUUGUCGCCACCGUUGUCAGCUCGCCACUAUCGACGAUCAAGCCGAUGGAGAUCGUCGCACACGGACGACUCGGCACAGCGACGAAGAAGGCGCACCUGUUCUGCGGAUGGGACGACGAAAAACAGGAAGUAUCGUACUUCUCCAUCGAAUGGGCCGGCUUCGGCUGAUGCACAUCAAUCGAACACAAGUGAACAUCCUCAUGAGAAAGCGUGCGAUGCAUAUGCGUGAU